CUGAGGUUGAAGUUUCAUAGAGAAGAUCUACUCUCUUUGGUCAGGGCCAUCUAUGUGGCAUGGAAAACACAGAGUGCCAACGGGAACACUGUCUUCUCUCCUCACACCAGGUGGGUCCCAGAGUCUGCCCGGUGGCUCAUAGCCAACGGCAGGGUGAAGGAAGCCCACAGGCAUCUGCUUAGAUGUGCAAGAAUGAACGGAAGGAAAGACUUCACUGUCUCACCAGAGGCCCUCAGAAAGAUGGUAACAGACAAAAAGCCAGGAGAGAGUUAUUCCUACAUCAGCCUGUUCAGGACACCAGUCCUGCGGAAGAUCUCUCUGUGUUCCGGGGCCGUGUGGUUUGGUGUUGCCUUCUCUUAUUACGGCAUGAGCAUGAACCUAACUGGCUUUGGGCUCAGCAUGUAUCUCUCCCAGUUUGUCUUCGGUGUCAUUGAGAUUCCAGCCAAGAUGUUCAUGUACGUGCUGGUGAAUCGAGUUGGACGACGGCAGUGUCAGGCUUGGAUGCUCAUCCUGACCGGACUAUGCAUAGGAGUCAACGUCAUCAUUCCCAAGCCCUUCACCGCCUUACGCUCUGUAGUAGCUGUUAUGGGCAAAGGUUUCUCAGAAGCUGCAUUCACCACUGUCUUCUUGUACACCUCUGAGCUCUACCCCACCGUACUGAGGCAGAACGGGAUGGGGUACACCUCCUUCGUGGCACGCCUCGGCGGAGCUUUGGCCCCACUUGUCUUUCUGCUGGAUGAAGUGUGGGGGUCUCUGCCAGAGGUGACGUACUGCGGUGUAGCAGUGUGCUGCGGCUCCGUGGCCUUCCUGCUCCCCGAAACGCUCAACGUGCGCCUGCCCGAAGGCAUUGAGGACAUUGAGAAGGCGCAAGUGAAAGGGCCACCACAAGUCAGCCCUCCCAAGGGCAUGCCGCUGCAGCCUCUGCUGAAGUGA